UCCCUUUUUAACUUCCAUGCUUCCAUUUCUGGCGCAAAAUCCUAAAGGCAGUGUCGCCGCCGCGGAGGAAUACAGGUCGGCAAGCCCCGGGAAGGGACCAAAACCUAACGUCAAUACGCCAUUAAAAAGGGUUCGCACUUUCUGCAAUCUGUUUCUGUGUCUGAGCUGAGGAUCAGAGUAUAGAUGGCGGCUUCUAUUAUCACAAAUCAUAAGGCUCUACGCCAUGCCAUCCACGCUGUUGAUGUUUCGGAAUUGCGAUUAUGCAAUCAGGGGGGGAAGUUUGCAGAUCUGCCUUGCAGACUUAAUGUAAGGCAGUCAGUGAAAACUGUUCAAUUAUGGCCAAAACUUAGGAACACCCUAACUAUGAAGACUGCAGCUUUUGCUAUUCCAAAUGAAAACGACGAAUCGGGAAGAAGUGGUUCACAUGCUUGUUCUGAUGACCAAGUGCUUAUGCCUUUUGAAAAUAAUUAUAGCUCCAGUGAUCUGUAUGAGGAAGCUGUUGAUUCUGUUCCAGAAUCAGGUUCUGGUGUCUUUCAGAUGGUUGAACACUCAGUAAAUCUGGCAAGCCUCCUGGACAAAUUGAAGGCUGUACAUUUACAUGUGUUGGCGUCAGAGCAGUGGAAUGCUACUAGGUUGAAAUCAUGUCACAAAAAUUAUAUGGAGAGUGCAAUAAACUUAAUCCAUUAUUUGGCAUUGAAAUGUCUCGACAACGAGCCACUCAAAGAUGAUCUUGCUUUGAUCAGUCUACUGAAUUUGGAGAUGGUAAAUUCAUCUGUCCUAGCUAGUCUAAUCACAUGCAUUGAACUGUUGAAGAACCUACAGUUGAAGUCCGUAAGAACUAACAAGAAAGCAAGUCCUGAAAUUUGCACAAAGAUAUAUCAACAAAAGAAAGGGCAUUUUGCAAUAGACACAUUGAGAACGAAGGCAUAUUCAAACCGAGAGUUAUUAUUGGGACCGCUUCAAGGUAGCAAACUGAAUCAUAUAAUGACAACGGUUGGAGAAGAAGCUCUUGAGAGCGAAACACUAAUAGCUGAUCUUAUAAAGGCUGGGACCUCAAUUAUUCGAAUCAAUUGUGCCCACGGAAGCCCUGAAAUCUGGAGUGAGAUAAUUAGAAGAGUAAAGCAAAGUUCUCAAAUGCUGGAGGCCCCAUGUCGAAUUCUUAUGGAUUUAGCUGGACCAAAACUUCGCACAGAUGAUCUAAAGCCUGGUCCAUGUGUUGUAAAAAUAUCCCCCAAGAAAAAUGCUACCGGAAAUGUGAUUUUUCCUGCACAAGUUUGGCUUUCUCAUAAAGGAGCUGGUGCUCCUCCUCCUCAUCUUUCUCCUGACGCUGUUCUGUUCAUUGAUGACCAAAAGUUUUUCAGUGAGAUCAAAGUAGGUGAUGCUUUGAGGUUCUUUGAUGCUAGAGGUAAGAAAAGGAUGCUAAAGAUAUCCAGAGUCUGUCACGUUUUUUCUGGUACUGGCUUUAUGGCGGAGUGUACUAGGACUGCUUAUGUUAGUUCUGGAACAGAGUUAUAUAUCAAGAGGAAGAAAGGUAGGUUCCCUGUUGGAAAAGUGGUAGAUGUCCCUGCUAGAGAGUCAUUUAUCAGACUAAGAGUGGGGGAUUUACUAAUAAUAUCACGGGAUGGUACAUGUGACCAAGAUAAUUUCAAAGGGCACAAAAGUGGUGCCUAUAGAAUAACAUGUUCAUCAGGCUAUUUGUUUGAUGCAGUCAAACCUGGAGAGCGCAUAGCUUUUGAUGAUGGGAAGAUUUGGGGAGUCAUUAAGGGAACUAGUAUUUCGGAGAUUGUUGUCUCAAUCACUCACGCUGGCCUCAGAGGGACUAAACUUGGAUCCCAGAAAUCCAUCAACAUCCCUGACAGCAAUGUUAGGUUCGAAGGUGUGACUUCAAAGGAUCUAGUGGAUCUUGACUUUGUUGCUUCCCAUGCAGACAUGGUAGGUGUAUCAUUUAUUAGAGAUACUCGUGAUAUUAUUGUGCUUCGUCAAGAACUGGAGAAAAGGAAACUUCAGAACCUGGGGAUUGUUUUAAAAAUUGAAACUAGAAGUGGGUUUGAGAAGUUGCCCCUCUUGCUAUUGGAGGCGAUGAAAUCUUCAAAUCCUUUAGGUGUUAUGAUUGCCAGAGGAGAUCUUGCUGUGGAGUGUGGGUGGGAAAGAUUGGCUGAUAUACAAGAGGAGAUAUUAUCUAUUUCCAGUGCUGCUCACGUACCAGUUAUUUGGGCAACUCAGGUCCUUGAAUCACUUGUCAAAUCUGGUGUUCCGACAAGAGCUGAGAUUACUGAUGUUGCAAGUGGAAGGAGGGCAAGCUGCAUUAUGUUGAACAAAGGGCGACACAUCGUAGAAGCUGUUUCAACUCUAGAUAAUAUCCUCAACUCGAACUCGAAACAGAUGAAAGCGGAAGUUAGGUCACUUGUUCCGUCCAACCAUCUCUUCUAGGGUAGUCCAGUUCCUUGCAUCCCUAUCUUAUUUUUGGGCUAUGUAAAUAUCGUUAGCAUCAGUAACAUGCAACCAACUAGAACUGCUAUUUCAACUCUAGUUUAUAUCAUGUAAUGGUCUUAUAUUAUGAUUAACAAUCAUUUGUAUUCGAAA